UUCUUGUUUUUGUUGAUGACUGUUUACUUUGCUUGUGUUUACAUUAUACAUCUCGUCUCACAUCCAAGUUAUUUAUACUCAGAACCUACAUUUAGUUUACAAUUUGCAACCGUAAAACCACUAAAAUGGAUUUCGAGAAACGAGAUCAGGAUUUUCCAGAAUUAUCUUCAGAUGUUCUGUUACUGAUCUUCGACCGGCUGAGUUUCCGGAGUCGCCUAACAGCAUCAAUGGUAUGUCACCGGUGGAAUCGAUUGGCAUUCGCAGCAAAUCUCCUGCAUAGGCUUCGAAUUACACUGGAUAUCCGGAAUUUGGAUAGUCUAAACAGUGCCAUCACGUUCUUGCAAGGGUCUGACCGACCGUACAGAAAUGUGCGACUUGUUUUUCAAGGGUGUCGACAGCAAAGCUUAGAAUCGGUUCUACAGUUGCUAAGACCGAUGCAUGCCUUGAUAGACUUGGAAAUGGUGUUCUAUUUCUAUUGCUUUCGAGAAAAGCUAAACAUCGUUCUGAGAGAAGUGUUAUCCACUUGUCCAUCAUUGACAACUGCUUCUUUUGAAAUUCGUGGACGGCUCAUGAGCUGGGGAUGGGCAGGUGAAAUGCCAUCGAUUCGUUCCUCGUCAGCUGUGAUCGAUCUAGACGAGGAAUCACAACAUUUUCCGUCCCUCACAAAGUUGACCAUCAAACGAAGUCCGGACAUCUUCAAGUUCAAUACGAGGUUUUAUGAGGUACAGUUAUCGCCUUCGUAUCUCACAUUUCACGCACCACCUGAACCGGAAACAGUUCCCAAUCUGCGCCAUUUGACGAUGACUUGCGAAACACCUGAACAACUGUACCUGUUUUCCAGACUUUCCGAACAACUAGAAACGAUAUCGGUGGUUUCGUUCGAUCCCCACGGCAAUUCAAUAGAACCCUUCUUGAAACUCAAUUUACCUCACGUUAAAAAUCUGAAGCUGAGCCAUAUAAGCGUGCCGCAUUUUAGUGCAUUAAGUUACUUUAUUCGCACGCUACGCCGAAUUGAAAUACUUCAACUCGAAGAGGUACUUAUAGAUUCUGAAGUAAUUGAUGCUGUGAUUGAAAACUGCUCAGAACUGCAACAACUUGGGCUUCAUUUGGAGUCGCUAAAUGCUGGUUGCUUGAAAAGAAUCGAUAGGUUAACAAAGCUGAAAAGACUUAUUCUCGAUGGAAAGAAACCGAUUAGGAACGAAAUCUACGUGGAUUAUUUUAGCGGAAGUGUUGGUCAACUCACAAGUCUUAAGUCGUUAUCGCUGCAAUUCUUCGGAUUCUCGUCAAACCAGUUCGUUUUGAACCUGGCCCGACUGAUGUGCAAUCUAGCAAAACUACGAUUGCAUGAAUGCAGAGCAAAAAACAAUAUUAUCGGUCCAAUCUUCGAUCACUUUCAAGAUCUAACGCAGUUGGAAUUUGUAAAGGUGACCCACGGUGGAGCCCAACCAAUUUGGCCACCAAAAUUGGUGAUCGUAAGGCUGAUAAACUGCUCUUGGGUAACGAGCGAUCAUCUUACCAAAUUGAUCCAACGUUGCCCUAAGUUAAAGCACCUGAAUAUAUACGGCUGUGGAGCGUCAAAGGAUAAGCUGGAAAAGAUUGUUGAAAUUGUCCCAGCUGGAUGCUUUGUGGAAAGAACACAUAGUUUUGCUCCUUCGGUGAUGAGAUGAAGAUAUUUGUGUCUGUGGUUAACAAAUUCCCCCUUUUUUUUAAUAUUAUUUUACAAACAAUAAAAUGCUUAAAU